AUGUCCCUUCCCACCAGCACACAGGACAAGGGCCCGGCCCAGAGAACACUCCCAGGACUGCUGCUGCUGCUGCUGCUGCUCCCAGGCUCCUGGGCGUUGCCCAAGGUUCACGAACUUCAAAGCACAGCAGGGCAGCAGCUCUCCGUGAGAUGCCAGUACCCGCCCACGGGCAGGUUCUACCAGAAGAAAGGCUGGUGUAAGGAGGUGUCAGCUCCUGUGUGCACCAGGCUAGUCACCAGCUCCAGGCCGCGGACACUGGUUCAGGCCUCUCGAUUCUCAAUCUGGGACGACCCUGUCGCUGGCUUCUUCAUUGUCACCAUGACUAGUCUGAGGGAGGAAGACUCAGGACACUACUGGUGUAAAAUCUACCACGCUUCCGGCAACUCUGUCUCUAAGUCCAUCAAAUUCUACCUGGCGGUGUCUCCAGCCCCCGCCUCCACGCAGGCCACCUGGGCUCCCCCCGACCUGGUCUCAUCACAGACACAGAGCUGUGUGCCCCCAGCUGGAGGAGCCGCAGAGACCCUUGAGGCUCCGCCUGCCACCGCUGCCCCUCCACAGCCACGCAACUCCACGCCCCACCUAGGCCCCGCAGUCCCCAGGGCCCUGCUCCCCGCGCUCUGGGGACUCCUUGUAGCCAAGAGCCUGCUGCUGCCCGCCCUGCUGCUCUGGUGGGACACACAGUGGAAAAUCCUGGUGGAGCUCAGGAGCCUGAGUCCCAGCAAAGCCACCUGCCACUGUCCACUAGUCACGGACCUUCUUGAGACCUCAGUUUCCACACCUGUAGGGAGAUAA